GCUGCUGCUCUGGGAGUCUGGCACCGGAAGUCUCGGUGCCCCCUUGGAGAGGCGCAUGCGCAGAGAGGGCGAGAGCAAUGGCGGAGCGCCCAGAGGACCUGAACCUUCCGAACGCCGUCGUGGCCCGGAUCGUCAAGGAGGCGCUUCCCGAGGGAGUCAGCGUCUCGAAGGAGGCCCGGAGCGCGGUCUCGCGGGCGGCCAGCGUCUUCGUCCUCUACGCCACGUCCUGCGCCAACAACUUCGCCAUGAAGGGGAAGAGGAAGACGCUGCACGCGGGAGACGUCCUCUCGGCCAUGGAGGAGAUGGACUUCCAGCGCUUCCUCGUGCCCCUGAAGGAGGCCCUGGAAGCUUACAGGUGCGAGCAGAAAGAGAAGAGAGGAGUCUCCGAGCUGAAAAAGAAGGAGAAGGAGAAGAAGGAUCCUGAAGAGCCAGAGAAGAGCCAGGAGGAGGAGAACGAGGAAGAGGAAGAGGAGGAGAAGAUGGAGGAGGAGGAACAGAAUGAGGAGGAGGAGGAGGAGGAGGAAGGGGAGAGCUGAGGGGCCUGCUGGGUUUGGGCAACCUGUGUCUCCUGCGGAAGGAGGGAGGGAGGGCAUCCGCUGCCAUUGACACUCAUUCUGCCAGGAAAGACCAUGCUGUCUUAUGGGGAGCUCCGUGUGGAGGACACCUCAGGCUGCCAUCCAGGCCCACUCACCUGGAGUGGAAGAGCCAGCCUCUGGGAUGCCAGGAAGCAUCCUCACAAGAAGGUCCUUAUAAACAGCAUGGGCCUCCUUUGCUGUUUGGGAGGGAAAAGGUGGUGACAUCUGCCCCCCCAAAAACCCCUUCUAUGAAGCCUGUGCCUGGAGCUGACUUAAUCGGUUCUGCUUUUGGGGGAGCCUUUGGCUUGUGCCUCCUCCCAGCCUGCCUUCCCUUCUUUGUACGGAGGUUUUGCUGCUUGGUUUUUCCCAGAGGUAUCAUCUUCCACACGGCUCUGUGGCUUUUCAGGUAGGAGCUACAAGACUCCUGUCAUUUGCUAUCAGUGUUUUUCAGUGUAUUAAGAUGUCAUUAAACAUGGGAAAGUGCUUUA